UCUUCGGUCUCUUCCCGUUCUCAACUUUAUCCCUUUCCCGCUCCCCUUCGGAUGGCGCUCGCUCUCACCCGUUCCUUCGUCGCUCCGCCCCUCCCCAGCGGAGUUCGUUCCCCUCCCCCGCGCCACCGGACACGAGCACGAGGCCUUAGGUAUUCCCGCAAGUCAUCUCUCCGCCGUCGAUUGCUCCCAUCUCUCACAAGAACUUGCGUCUCGGCUACGAUGGUCUCGUCUUCAGCUUCCCGUCCUCAAUCGGAGCCUCCAGAAACCCUAGGCAAGCCUUCCGUUCUCACCUUCCAGCAGGCCAUUCAGCGUCUUCAGGACUACUGGGCUUCCGUUGGGUGUGCCAUAAUGCAAUGCAGCAACACUGAGGUUGGAGCAGGCACAAUGAAUCCAUUGACAUUCUUGCGGGUACUAGGACCAGAACCAUGGAAUGUUGCGUAUGCGGAACCCAGUGUGCGACCAGAUGAUAGCCGUUAUGGGGACAAUCCUAAUAGGCUUCAAUGCCACACUCAAUUUCAGGUUAUCUUAAAACCUGAUCCUGGAAAUUCACAAGAUCUCUUCAUUGGUAGCCUUUCAGCAUUAGGAAUCAACGUGAAUGAACAUGACAUUCGUUUUGUGGAGGACAAUUGGGAAAGCCCGGUUCUUGGAGCAUGGGGAUUAGGCUGGGAAAUAUGGAUGGAUGGUAUGGAAAUUACUCAGUUCACGUACUUUCAGCAGGCUGGAAGCCUUCCACUUUUGCCCAUUUCUGUGGAAAUAACUUAUGGUCUUGAAAGAAUCCUUAUGUUACUUCAGGGGGUCAAUCAUUUCAAGAAGAUCCAGUAUUCAGAUGGAAUUACAUAUGGAGAACUAUUUUUGGAAAAUGAGAAGGAAAUGAGUGCAUAUUAUUUGGAGCAUGCCAAUAUUGAUCAUAUUCAACAGUGCUUUGAGAAUUUUGAGGAAGAAGCUCAAUCCUUGUUGGCCCUUGAACUUCCAAUUCCAGCGUAUGAUCAGCUUUUGAAGGCUUCUCAUGCUUUUAAUAUUUUAGAUUCUAGAGGCUUUGUUGGUGUGACUGAACGUGCUAGAUAUUUUGGUCGCAUGCGUAGUCUUGCUCGGCAAUGUGCUCAACUUUGGGUGAAGACACGAGAAACUCUUGGGCAUCCAUUAGGAAUUUCUUUGGAAGGAAACCAUCUUAUGUUCCAAAAGUUUCCAAAUCCAGGAUCGAAGAAGAUGAUGGAGCAGCCUGGAGCAUUUGUUCUUGAAAUUGGCACUGAAGAGAUGCCCCCACAUGAUGUAAAUGAAGCGAGUAAUCAACUCAAAAAUCUAACUGUAGAGUUGCUGGAAAAACGAAGACUGAGUCAUGGUAAAGUUUCAGCAUAUGGUACACCACGACGACUAGUGAUUUUUGUUGAGAGCCUCAGUCAUAAGCAAGCAGAAAAUGAGGUUGAAGUUCGAGGUCCUCCUGCAUCAAAGGCAUUUGAUUCUGAAGGAAAUCCUACUAAGGCUGCUGAGGGAUUCUGCCGUAAGAACUGUGUAGCUAUUGGCUGUCUAUACAAGAAAUUUGAAGGGAAGACAGAAUACGUAUAUAUUAAGGUGAAGGAAUCUGCACAAUCUGCUUUUGAGGUGUUAAUUGAAGAUCUACCAAGUAUUCUGACUAAGAUCUCAUUUCCAAAAUCAAUGCGAUGGAACUCCCAGGUCAUGUUUAGUCGGCCAAUUCGCUGGAUUUUAGCACUGCAUGGGGAUAUGGUUUUGCCAUUUGCUUUUGCAGGAGUUUCAAGUGGGAGGCAAUCGUGUGGGCUUCGUAAUUCAUCUUCAGCCAUACUUGAGGUAGAAAGUGCUGAGUCAUACCUGCAUAAGAUGAUGGAAGCUGGCAUCUUGAUUAACAUUGAGGAGCGCAAGGAAAAGAUUUUGUGUGAUGUUGAUUCAUUGACUGCAAGCAUUAAUGGUUAUGUUAUUAUGCAGUCUAGCUUAGUUGAGGAGGUUGUAAAUCUUGUGGAGGCUCCUGUUGCCAUACUUGGUAGAUUUGAUGAAUCCUUCUUGGAUCUCCCAAAAGAUAUAUUGAUUAUGGUUAUGCAGAAGCAUCAGAAGUAUUUUCCUUUGAUCAACAAGCAUACUGGAAAUUUGAUGCCAUUUUUUAUCGCUGUUGCAAAUGGAAUAAUCAAUGAACGAGUAGUUCAGAAAGGCAAUGAAGCUGUACUACGAGCUCGUUACGAAGAUGCUAAAUUUUUCUAUAAAAUGGACACGCGGAAGAAAUUUUCUGAAUUUCGAGGCCUUCUAAGUGGAAUUCUUUUUCAUGAAAAGCUUGGAACAAUGCUAGACAAGGUGUCACGCAUCCAAAGAACUGUUGGGAAGUUAACUCUUGCUCUUGGCUUUGACGAGAGGGUGCUUAUGAUUGUCGAAGAUGCUGCAGCCCUUGCCAUGUCUGAUCUUGCAUCUUCUAUCGUGACAGAAUUCACUUCACUAUCUGGAAUAAUGGCACGCCAUUAUGCUCUAAGGGAUGGGUAUCCUGAUCAGAUUGCUGAAGCCCUUUUCGAAAUCACACUUCCAAGAUUCUCUGGAGACAUACUUCCAAAAUCUGAUGCUGGAAUUGUUUUGGCCAUUGCUGAUCGACUGGACAGUCUUGUGGGUUUAUUUGGUGCUGGAUGCCAACCAAGUUCCACGAGUGAUCCCUUUGGUUUGAGAAGAAUAUCUUAUGGGCUAGUGCAGAUACUAGUGGAGAAUAACAAGAACUUGUACUUAGAAGAUGCUUUGAGAUUGGUAGCAGAUAUCCAACCGAUAGAAAUAGACGGCAGUGUCAUUACUGAUGUACUAAAAUUCGUCACAAGGAGAUUGGAACAACUUCUUGUGGAUAAGGGUAUAAGUCCAGAAAUAGUCCGUUCAGUGCUUUCAGAGCGUGCAAAUUGGCCUUGUCUGGCUGCACAGUCAGCCAUUGAAAUGGAGGCCUUGUCUAAAGGUGAUAUAUUUUCAAAAGUGGUUCAAGCAUACUCAAGGCCGACAAGAAUUAUUCGUGGAAAGAAUGUUGAUUCUAGUUUUGAGGUAAGCGAGGCUGCAUUCGAAAGGAAUGAAGAACUAGCUUUGUGGAGUGCCUACUUGGAAGUUACAUCUAAGGUUCACCAUGGUAUCAGCAUGGAUAGUUUUUUUCAAGCUUCUUUGCUAUUGCUACAACCACUUGAAGAUUUCUUUGACAAUGUCUUUGUGAUGGUGGAGGAUGAAACAAUCAAGAACAACAGGCUUGCAAUUCUCAAGAAAAUCGCAGAUCUACCAAAAGGAAUAGCAGAUCUCUCAGUUUUGCCUGGGUUUUAGAUUGCCCCACUCCCUUGAUUCUCCUCACUUCGUGAGAUGUACAGAACCAGAGAAAUGUUCAAUAUUUGUCGCCUGGUGAUGUCGAGCAACUACUGAGAAAUUUUUCCACGUAAAGGCUUUGUGAUUUCUUGGCUCUGUAAUUGUAUAAACAAGUAUAAAUUGAGUUACGCCAAUGUAAAAAUUGCCAAAUGUAAAUUAUCUACAAUCAAAGUUCAAUUCAAAUUAUUUAUUUGGUCUCGACUCCAAA